AUUGGAAAUGUUUGACCAAACAAACAUCUUCACUCCUGUGAGUGUACCCCUACCUCUAGCCUCUCCUAUUCCAGCGUGUACUCACCCAAGAAAGUCUGAAACUUGACUCCCCCAUCUCUCCUUUUUGUAACAGAUGAAAAAUUAGGAAACAAACGUGGUUCUUCAGUAAUGAGUCACUCAACUCAUCAGACACUUUAUUUCCACUCUUGAAAACAAGCGAACUCACUUGUACCUGAAAAGCCUUCUAGCAGACAUUGGAGAAAGACCACUCUGACCUUGGACUGUUCAGCCUCUCAUCUGCUCAUGUCUGUCUUUCUGUUUGUCUGGAACAACCCCCGCCCUCCAGCUCACAGCGUCUGUAAUUAUGCUCUCCCGGGGGACGCUCGCUUUGUGAGCUCAAACGUACUCUCCGUUUCCAUUUUAUAUUCUGUCGUCUUCUUUGCUGUUUGUCCCGGGGUGUUUUUAAUGGAAAAACUUCCCAUGCAACUCUCAGAAAUCCUAAGACCUGGGCUGGAAGGGACCUCAGGGGGCCAUUGAGUCCAGCCCUUUGCAGAUGAAGAAGCAGGAUCAGAGGUCCCGGGCCUGGCUCAGUGUCCCAUUAGAGACUAAAGCAGGAGGCCCGGGAUUUGGACGUGGGUCCUGGGACUCCAAGGCCAGCUCUCCGUGUACUCCACACCACGCUGCCUUUGCCAUGGCAUGGGCGGAAAGGCGUCUAUUCGGCUCAGUCGAGGAGCUUCAUUCACUGUAAGCUAAUGAGUUUUCUACUUGAGUACAGUUAGGGAUGUUUCAGGGUUGUUCUUACAAUUUGUUUUCAUUUCAAGGAAAUCAUUGUUAAUUUAUGCAUCGUUUGACCUACCUUGCAAUGUAUUCUAACCUGGUGAGAAAUGGACAUAUUUAUUUUUGUACAAAGCGCCUCUCUGCUGUUGAGUUAAUAAAAGUACAAAACCCACUGUGUGUGGAAUCUGUAGUGAGACCAGCUCUGCUGCCCCAGGAGAAAGGACGAGCAGACUCGCUCGUUCCAGGCGCAGUAAGUAAGAACAGAGGAUUUACUUGGGCCUUCAGGUCGGGAACGGUUUUCAGAUUUAAGAACGGGGUCGCGGUCACUUCUCUAAGUUGGGAACCUCAAACCGAUAAUUUCUUGGCAGAAGCAACGAAGACCCAUGUUCUUCUCCAAGGCUUGAGCAGAAUCACUGAGCUACAGAAGCCCCGGGUGGCGGUCACGGUCUUGGCCAGAGGGUCUCUUCGGCCCAAUCAGCUAGUCCUGGGCUUGCUCAUGCUACCGAUCACAAAAGUGAUCCUUUCCUCUGAAGGGGAACCACCGAGGGGAGGGAGUGUCUCAGCUUUGGCGUAACCCGGGCAGGCUUGGGAAAGCUAAGGAAUAUCACACUGUUAGAAAAAGGUUUUUUCGGGCAGUUGUUGGAGUGUUUUCUGACAUGAAGAUGACUCGGCUGAAUGGAAGUUCUAGGUCUGUUGGGGUCCCCAGGAUUCAAUUCAGUUAAACUCAAGUACCUGGUUAGCAGUAACUCUCGCGAGUGCUGGGCAAACUAUGGUUUUACUGGUGUGGUGGACUCCUGGCCAAAGGCAGAGUCGAGGCCCUAGUCUGUCCAGAAAAGCACAUUGUCUUUAGUAAGUUAAUGCAAACCCCGCAAGGAGGAAUUUCCAGGAGAGGACACUAGCCGGGCUUGGAAGGGUCGCCUCCGGAAGGUGGCCAUGCUUUGGAGGUGGAUAGAGGUUUGUCAGACCAGUCCUUGGGUCCUGAUGUCGGGUUGUGAGGGGCGGGACUGCAGGGAAGAGGGAGCUCGGGCCUUUGAGGACCCUUGUGGGAGAUAAGGAGACAGCGACAGGCGUGUUAAGGGGAGUAGCAGUGGUUGGACUGGGGCAGGAAUAAAGGAAAUCUCUAAGUCGCUCAUCCAGAGGACGAAUUCUAGAGCUCAGACUAGGCGCUGCAUGUGACUCCCAUAAGCAACGCUGUGGCCAUGCCGACAGUUGUGUGCUGGGCAGGAGUGCCAGAAGCUGAUCCGGCGCUGGAUCCGGCUGUGGGAGCCGGCGGUUCUCCCGCAGAGGUCCUACGUGGUGCAGAAUGUGGAUUAGGGAAGUCAGUGGGGUGCUGUGGGACAGAGGAUGGGGGUGAGAGCUACCCCCUGGACCUCUGCAGUCGAGUCAUUCGCCUUUCCUGGGCUUCCUUCAAAGGAAGGAGCUGGGACACCAUGUCUCCCAGGCCCCUUCCAUCUUCAUACCUGAGACCCAAGCAGAGUAGUGUGGAAUAAAAUGCCAAAGACUGAUCGCGGUCAAGGAUGGGGUAAAGUCGUGCUGAGGUGACGUAGUUAAGAAUCAGAACCAGGAAUUUUAACCCGGUCUGGUGCUUGGUCCCCGUCUCCCUGCCUCUUCAGGCCACUUUGGAGAUGGGACUGGGGAGAUGGGGAAAGUCAGAGGUUCUCAUCUAUUCAACUGGAUUAGCAGGAGCUCUCCCCAGAGGCAAAGCAAUAAUAGACAUAGUAUCCCCUGGGAUUCCAGGACUUCUGAAUUGAUCACUUUGUGAAAGUUUUUUCAUCAAAAUGACUCAACUGGCUUGGAGCUCAAGGAGUGAGUGUGUGUGUCUGUGUUUGUGUGUGUGUGAGUUUUUCCUCCCCCCUUUUAAUAUCCCAAGGGUGGAGCUGCUCCCUGGCUCCAAGAACACGGGUUUUCUUGGUCAGUCAGUCAGGGAGCGGGUCUGUUGAGGGUGUCUGCACUGUGUGUGUGCGCAUGUGUGUUCUCUGAGCAGGGCAGUGGUGAGCCAAUUGGACAGAGUUUGCAUUGAAGCAAACUCUUCGAGCUUCCUUACGCUUUCUUCCCCCUGCCCUGAAGUCCAAGCCAGACCAGCCCCGUGCAGAAGAGGGAGAAGGAUGGCUCAGUCCAGGAUGGCUUGCCUGCUCCUCUUCAUGCUGUCAGGAGCCUUUGUCCCUGCUGUUCUCACAGCAGAGUAUCCCCAAGGCCCUGUGCCCACCCUGUGGAACGACCCGGGGGAGCUGCCAUCGGGAGUGGGCCCCUUCGAAAGCACCACCCACUCCCACGCCUCCGACGCCACAGACCUCCCCGUCUACACCUCCGAGUACGAGCCGGAGGACACCACCCAUCUGCACCGGCUGGACAACGAGACUGGGUCCUUGGGCCCCGGAGCCAUCGCUGCCAUCGUGAUCGCCGCCCUGCUGGGCACCUCCGUGGUCCUGGCAUUGAUCGUCAUCACUCUGCGAAAAUUCUCCACAUCCUGAAUGAAAUAAAAAGGGUCUUGUUUUUCCUAACAUCUGGAUUUGGCUAAGCUCACUUGGCACAGCCCUAUCUUCUGUGCUCAACUGUCUCCUCUUCCUCCUCCUCUGCUGCUCCCUGGAACCCGAGAUAAGGAAAGGCCCAAAGGCCCUUUACCAAGAUUCUUAGUUGCCUCCUGCUGGUCCCAGUAGUCCCAGGGUGAGAGAUUGGCCCCAUAGAGCAUCCUGGGGUCCUCAAGCUUGCCCGGGGUGAAGGGUAGACUUAGAAUGGGCGACCCUUUGGUGGUAGGAUUGUUUCUUACAUGCGGCUCUUCUUGGCUUUGGCCUAGAACAAGAAUCCUUACCUAGAGAGUUCAGGGGGACUCAUGACCUUGGAUGGGGGAAAACUGAAAUUGAGCAUUUUAUUCCGAGAAAGGGUCCAUGGCCUUCACUAGAUAUAUUGGGGUCCUGGACACAAGGAUGAAGCAGCUUUGAGUGAAAGGCUGGAUUAUUGUGGGGGUGUGGGGGAGACACAGAAGCCUUGUUUCUUGUUUCAGCUGCCAAAAAGCCACUUGUUCUGCCCUAACUUGUCCUGCUUCCUUUUUCACUCACCUGAGAGAUCACAACCUCGGGAUUUCCCCCCAAAAGUCCCUUUCAAAAGGGAGCAGAAAGGCAAGAUAGAAAAUACGAUAAUUCUUAAUAAUUCUGAGCCCGUCUCCUGUUAGCCUCAAAUUGUGUUCAUUGAUGUGAUAACCCAUAAUCAUUGGCCUGGCCUGUCAAAAAGGAAGCCAUAUUUGGCUGGCCGCGCCCUCUUGUGAGACUGCAGUCUGGGACGGAGACGGAGGGAAAUGGGCUUUUUCUCUGAGACAUGGUCUGAAGCCGGGGGGUUAGUUUUUCCCCUUCUGGUGUCACCGACUCCUCUGUCGGUGGAGGGUUUUCGCAUGCGUGGGGUGACAAAGGAGCCUAAUUCUGUGGAGAUACAGUGAUAACGCUAUUUUAUAAAAAUGGCAGAGCCCCAGAUAAGAGUCCCUGACCGGCUUCCACCCCAGUUCCCGCAGGCAGAGCUCCAGCUGGAAAACCUGACUGCCAGAGCACGUUUUCCAGAGUAGACCCUCAUCCAAAGUGACUCCCCCAGCUUCUUGUUUAGCCUGGCAUUCUCAGUUCUUGCCGGUUGCGUCCUGAGCUCAGUUGUCCGGGCAUUCCUUCAGCCUAAGUAUCAUCUGUGCCCUCUAAAUUGUAGCACCGUGGAGGGAAACCUUGCUUACUGAGCUCUGCCUUCGGCCGGACCCAUAUUUCCCAAGCAAAACUGUCAAGGAAAAACUCCUGCCCCAGAGGGGAAUGGGCUGCCUGGGAGGAGGCCCUGGAGGUGAGGGAUGAUGUGGGUUAGGCUAGGUGGCCCUGGUAAAUCUGAGAGUCCAUGAUUGGGGGGACCUGCCAUCAAAAAGAAUCUUAGAGAGCAUCUUGUCCCCUUGUUCACUUUGGAAAGGGAGCAGUGCCUCCAGAGGUAAUGUCUGCUUCCCUUACUCAGCCUCUGCAAUAUCCCUCUGGCUCCCAGUAGGAAGAAUGCAACUCCCAGCAUGCUUCAGGCUCUGGCUGGACUCAAAACCCAUUCCCUCCUCAGCAGUUUUCUCCUGAAUCUGGAUAAGAGGAGGCUCCUUCAGAGGGGAGCAAAAAACCUAAGAGACACAUGUCUGGGGGAUUCACCUGGAUUUCCCACCCAGGUAUAAUGACAAGAAAAAGGAGACUUUUGCUUUUGUUUUUCAAAAUUUGAUUCUGUUUUCUUCAUAUACCUCAGGUGGCCUGAUUUUUAAAAGAUCUGGGAACAUUUCCAUUGAGUUUAAAUAAUAGGGUGGCAUGAUGGGUUUGGAGCCGGAGGAGCUGGGUUCAAAUCCUGUCAUAUGCAAACCUAUGUGAUCUUGGACAAG